UAUGUUUUUGUCUUCUUCUUCUUCUUCCUCAUACUAAUAAUAUAGGGACCACAUAUUUCAUGUGUCAUCACACGUUACAAACACGCAAUUCAAUCAUUCUAUUAUUCAAUUCUAUCAAUAUCUCUUUCUUCAUUCUCAUUCGUCACCAUAAAACACUAUCUCAUAGUAGUACUAUAAUUAAUCUUGAUUAUGUUACAAAUAUUCUAAGGUGUUAGUUUUUGUUUGUUUGAAACGUUAAUUUUGUCGAAGUGUUUGUUUUAGGAUGAUGAACAAUAAUAAAGUACCACCGAGACCUCGUACUAGAGUUGGAAAGUACGAGAUGGGAAAAACAAUUGGUGAAGGAAGUUUUGCGAAAGUUAAGUUAGCAAAGAAUGUUGAAAAUGGUGAUUAUGUUGCUAUUAAAAUUCUUGAUCGUAAUCAUGUGCUUCGUCAUAAUAUGAUGGAUCAGCUGAAGAGAGAAAUUUCAGCUAUGAAGAUAAUUAAUCAUCCAAAUGUUGUUAAAAUAUUUGAGGUAAUGGCAAGCAAAACAAAAAUUUACAUUGUCUUGGAGUUAGUUAGUGGAGGAGAAUUAUUUGACAAAAUUGCUAAAAAUGGGAGACUUAGAGAGGAUGAAGCAAGAAGUUAUUUCCAACAACUAAUCAAUGCAGUUGAUUACUGCCAUAGUAGAGGCGUGUAUCACAGAGAUUUGAAGCCAGAGAAUCUUCUUUUGGACUCAAAUGGUGUUCUUAAAGUUUCGGAUUUUGGAUUAAGUACAUACUCACAGCAGGAGGAUGAACUUCUCCGUACGGCAUGCGGAACACCGAAUUACGUUGCUCCUGAGGUGCUUAAUGAUAGAGGUUAUGUUGGUUCUACAUCUGAUAUCUGGUCUUGUGGAGUCAUUUUAUUUGUACUUAUGGCUGGCUACUUGCCGUUCGACGAGCCGACUACAAUUGCACUUUAUAGAAAAAUUGGUAGGGCUGAGUUCACAUGUCCGCCUUGGUUUUCGCCUGAGGCAAAGAAACUGCUCAAGUCUAUACUUAAUCCGAACCCUCUAACGAGGAUAAAAAUUCCGGAACUCUUGGAAGAUGAAUGGUUCAAAAAAGGAUAUAAGCCGGCAUCUUUUACCGAGGAAGAUGAUAUCAAUGUAGAUGAUGUUGCUGCUGCUUUCAAUGAUUCUAAGGAAAAUCUCGUGACAGAGACCAAAGAGAAACCUGUGUCGAUGAAUGCUUUUGAGCUUAUUUCUAGAUCACAAAGCUUCAAUCUUGACAAUUUGUUUGAGAGGCAAAAGGGGGUUGUAAAGCGCGAAACACAUUUCACUUCACAGUGCCCUGCAAAUGAAAUUAUGUCUAAGAUUGAGGAGGCUGCCAAACCUCUCGGAUUUAAUGUUCACAAGCGAAAUUACAAGAUGAAGCUGCAAGGUGAUAAAAGCGGAAGGAAGGGUCACCUUUCAGUGGCUACUGAGGUUUUUGAAGUGGCUCCGUCGUUGCAUAUGGUCGAGCUACGAAAGACGGGCGGCGACACACUAGAGUUUCACAAGUUCUACAAAACAUUUUCAUCAGGUUUGCAAGACAUAGUGUGGCAUUCAGACAAAAAGUAAUGAAGUUGGUUCAAGUGCUAGAGAAAUGCAUUUAUUCUGACUCAUGGAACAAAUUUGGAAGAGUCUGGCUCAGAAACUUGAGGCAUAUAUUUCAUUUGGCAAUGAUUCUGUACAAAUGAGACUAUUUCAUUAGGCUUAGAGCGAUUUCUGUGCAGCAUAAGAAAAACUUGUAUCUUAUUAUAACCUUUGCAAAUUAGGGCUUCUUUUUAUGAAGUUGAUCUUUUGAAAUCAAAUAAAAUUGGUUUUGUCUAAUGCGCACAA